AGCUGCCAGGUGGGAGUAACUCAGUGCAUAGCAGCAUGCAGUGGAUCAUUACAGAUGGCUGCAGUCCAAGGUCAGCAUAGACGGAUGCUCUAUGGUAUUUUCCAGAGACGCAAGGCUGGCCAGUUCCGACUGUCUAAAUCCUGUGGUGGAUUGAUUCAAGCCAGUGGAGCCAUUGCACAGCAGGACAGAUUGUUUUACAGUACAAAUAAGCAUCUUUCUGCAAAAGAUUCCUUGCAGCCAUCUGAAGAGAAAGUGGGUGCUUUCACAAGGAUAAUAGAAGCAAUGGGUUUCACAGGACCGUUGAAAUAUAGCAGAUGG